GGCUCCAUUCAGCCAGGCCGUGUAUAAAUAGCCCAGCUCGCACUAAGUCAGAGGACAGUUUUUGUGGGACCCCUCAACUCACACCACUAUUUUUGGGGUCAGACAGCACUGAAAUAUCCGUCAGAAUGGCACAGACCAAUCCCAUGCCCAUGGGGCCGUGGAAGAUCACGGUCUAUGACCAGGAAUGCUUCCAGGGAAAACGCAUGGAGUUCACCGCUUCCUGCCAGAAUAUCAUGGAAUGUGGCUUCGACAACAUCCGCUCAGUUAAGGUGGAGUGCGGAGCCUGGGUGGGCUAUGAGCACUCCAGUUUCUGUGGGCAGCAGUUCAUCCUGGAGAGAGGAGAGUACCCCCGCUGGGAUGCCUGGAGUGGGAGCAACGCUUAUCACAUAGAGAGGAUGAUGUCGUUCCGCCCCAUCUGCUCAGCCAGCCACAAGGAAUCCAAGAUGACUCUGUUUGAGCGGGAGAACUUCAUCGGGCGCCAGUGGGAGAUUUGCGAUGACUACCCUUCCCUACAGGCUAUGGGCUGGUGCAACAAUGAAGUCGGAUCCAUGCAGAUCCAGAGUGGCGCCUGGGUGUGCUACCAGUACCCUGGUUACCGUGGUUACCAGUAUAUCAUGGAGUGCGACCGCCACGGAGGGGAGUACAAGCACUGGAGAGAGUGGGGCUCCCACGCUCAGACGUUCCAGAUCCAGUCCAUCCGCCGGAUCCAGCAGUGAGAGGGAGCCGCCCUCUCCUGACUCCAUCGCCCAAGUCCUUUUGAGCCAAGAGGAGGACUGCAGGCUGACACGCUGGUGCUCCGUUAGAAACGAAGCAGGUUUACAUCACGAUUUCCCCACCAGAAAACAAGCCUGUCUUAGGGUGAAGCUCGCUGGACUUAUCGUUUCCAUUGUACCUUCUGAACCAGUAUGAUAAUAAAGAACGAAAAACGUUGACGCAUA